AUGGGUACACCUUUACAGGUCCUAGAUCUACUUUUGCCUCCCAGCAAGACAGUGAGUCCUACAGAAGUUUCAACUGUUACUUCUACCUUUACCCCAGAAACCACAGUGACACCAACUACCAGGUCGACUGUUUGCUGUACUUUUACCACUGACACCCCAGCGAGUACAAAUGAAAGAGUUCAAAGCUCCACAGAAAGUGAUGUGGAAUCAAACAGUCAAGAAAGCAUUCUGGUGGGGCAAUUAUGGCAGGCAGCAGUGGCUUCUGGAGUGGGCGUGCUCCUGGUAGGAUUGACAGCUGUCUGUCUCUGCAGGAGGACCAAGAAAACCAAUUCUCAGAGACCUACAGCCAGACAGGAUGAUCACAGACAAUAUGAAUUGGUGUCUAUGGGAGCGGUGAGCAGAGGAAUCAUGGUGGAUUCAGGAGAUGCUGGAAUCGAUUCUCAGAUCACUUCUGUACUGUCCACGUUCACGCCCUCAGGUAACGUUGAUGUGGAUACACAGGCAUUUGCAAAUAAACAUUCUGACACUUACCAUGUAUACAGCUCAAUCCCCGACAGACCAGCAACCUCAGCCCAGCCGGAUGGGUUGUACAGUCUUCUGCAGACACACUGACACUACACCUCUGGCUUUCUGUAGCUAUGUCUCACACAAAUACAUUCUAUCUCACACGACAUCCAUUGUUUAUCACACAUCCAGUUACUGUAAAUAAGUUGCUUAACAGGUAAUAUAUCUACUGUAUUACACAUGGACAACUGGUUUCUGUUACAUGUCUAUCCAUAAUAUCUGUUACUGUGUUAAUAUAUAUAUAUAUUUUUUUAGGGGUCCAGGGGGCAUAGUCCCCUUUGAGCAUUUUUCUUAUUUCUUUCCCCUAGUUAAUGCUAAAUCUACUGUAUUUAUGUAUUUUACGUUGACUGUGUGAUACCUCCUUCCAUAGCGGUUGGAUACAAUUAAUUUCCUGUUGGGCAAAACAUAAUCCAAAACACAACCAAAACAAACUGCAAAUGCAUCCAACAAGUUUGUUGAGUCACAAGCUUGAUGUAUUUAUUGGGUGCAAAGAAUCAAGGACCAAAAUACAAAAUGUUUGACUACCUUAAUACACUAUAAAUGAGUUUGUCCAAAUACUUGUGACUUUUUCAAAUGUGGGGACUAUAUAGAUAAAGUGCAUUUAUAUCAAAACGGUAAAACAUACAAUGCCUUCAGAAAGUCUUCACACCCCUUGACGAUUUCCACAUUUUGUUGUGUUA